AAAAGGGUCAUCUUAUACUCAUUACACUUGUCAGAGAAGACUGUCACUCUCUAAAACACACUCUCUCUCUCUCUCUUCACACUUCUCGCAUUUUAGAAAGAACCAAACGACGAAACCAGAAGAAAUUAUUCAAAAAUUAACUCGUCUGCGUUUGAUCUGACUCUUCAACUGACUUUUUCUAUUCAAUUUCUACAAUUUGAAUAUGCAUUUUGUGGUGUAAAUUGAUUGAAAAUCUCUAUUUGCUGGAAUCGUUGAAGAAGAAAUGCUUCGAUACUGCUUUGUAUUCAUCGAGGUACUAACCUGUUGAAUCUUUGCCUAAGUCCCUAGCUGUGAAACGUAUGUGUUGACUUCAUGAGAACUUAGUCAGAUGGUUCAUUGGACAUGAUAGACAGGAACAUCCACGGAAUGGAGGGCUGCACCAGAAGGAAUUAUGCAGAGAGGUGCAGAGAUUAGUGUCUGUGACUUCUGCAAGGUUCAUUUAUGGCGUCCACUGGCCUUGGCCACGGAGGAGCAGGCAGUUCUAGAAGUGCGAAUGGAUUCAAGAGUUCAUCUAGUUCAGUUGACUGGUUGGGAAGAGAGAUGUUUGAGAUGAGGUUGAGAGACAGGGCGGACCAUGAUGAUGAUGGGGACAGUGAACCAGAUAUAAUUGAUGGUGUGGGUGCAGAAACAGGGCAUGUUAUUAGAACCAGUAUUGGUGGUCGAAAUGGUCAACCUAAGCAGAAUGUAAGUUACAUAGCAGAACAUGUGGUUGGAACUGGUUCUUUUGGUGUGGUUUUCCAAGCGAAAUGUAGAGAGACUGGAGAGAUUGUGGCAAUUAAGAAGGUUCUUCAAGAUAAACGUUACAAGAACAGAGAACUGCAGAUUAUGCAAAUGUUGGAUCAUCCUAAUAUUGUUGCUCUUAAACACUCUUUCUUCUCAACUACAGACAAGGAGGAAGUAUACCUCAACCUUGUCCUUGAAUUUGUUCCAGAAUCUGUCAAUCGUAUUGCGAGACAAUACAGCAGAAUGAACCAGAGGAUGCCAUUGAUAUAUGUCAAACUCUAUACCUAUCAGAUAUGCAGAGCACUGGCUUAUAUUCAUAACUGUAUUGGCAUCUGUCACCGUGAUAUUAAGCCUCAGAAUUUGCUGGUAAAUCCACACACACAUCAGCUGAAGCUUUGUGAUUUUGGAAGUGCAAAAGUUUUGGUGAAAGGUGAACCCAAUGUGUCAUAUAUCUGUUCGAGAUAUUAUCGUGCCCCUGAACUCAUAUUUGGUGCCACCGAAUACACAACAGCUAUUGAUAUUUGGUCUACAGGUUGUGUGAUGGCUGAGUUACUUCUUGGACAGCCAUUGUUUCCUGGAGAGAGUGGGGUUGAUCAAUUAGUAGAGAUUAUAAAGGUUUUGGGGACACCUACUAGAGAGGAGAUAAAAUGUAUGAAUCCAAACUACACUGAGUUUAAAUUUCCACAGAUAAAGCCACACCCAUGGCAUAAGGUUUUUCAGAAGCGAUUGCCUCCAGAAGCAGUUGACCUGAUUUGUCGAUUUUUCCAGUAUUCACCUUAUUUGAGAUGCACUGCUUUAGAGGCCUGUAUUCAUCCAUUCUUUGAUGAAUUGAGGGAUCCUAAUACUCGUCUUCCCAAUGGUCGUCCUCUUCCACCACUUUACAAUUUCAAGCCCCAAGAGCUCACUGGAAUUCCUACUGUAACUCUCCAGCGCCUUGUUCCAGAACAUGCUCGAAGGCAGAAUUUAUUCAUGGCUUUGCGACCCUAGUGACUAUUUUGUGUUCUGCCACUGUCCCUAAGUACAAUAUGAUACAAGUGUUUGCACCUCAUCUGUGAGUGCUUGCUAAAUGUGGCUGUAGAUCAAGUUCACAACGAUGUUAGACUUGCCGUUCCACAUACGUGAGAGAGCAUCUUGUAAUUUUUUCCAAUAGCUGGUAUGAAUACCGUGCAUAUAUGUCAAAGCACAUUUUGUAUACUUGCGAAAACACAGUGAGAUUUAGGUUUGGAUGACGAAAAGCUGAGGGUUUAUAUAUAUAAUCAUUUCAGUUUUUCUUUAAUUCAUGGGCAUUAAUAGCUGAUUUUCAGAUAAAAAAGAAUAAUACUAGCUAUGUGUCUUUGGUA